AUGGAGAUGGUUGGCAGCCAGUGGCGUACGCUAGUCGAGUCGAUGACUGGAUCUCCGACCAAGACGACAAGUCCUGGAGCGAUCGUGAUGCACUCAGCUACGCGUGGUCUCAUGGUGGGUCAGGUGACGACGAACCCGACGUGGUCGUUCGUGGAGCCCGAAGCAGACUUCGAGGUGGACUUCUACCCUGCCCGUAAGCCGUCGCCGUGGAUUGUUCUGGAGACCGACAUGCUGCGUACGCUGCAGAAGGAUAUCAUGGGCAACUGGUCGGAUUGGGACGCCGAUAGCUGGUACUACAACGGCAAAUAUUUCCAGAAGUACGCGUCGUUGUGUCUGAUGGCAGCAGACAGCUCGGUGGUUGGCCCGGACACACUGCUUCUAUCGUUCUGUCUGGAGAAGCUGGAGAAGAUGAUUGGCCGGUGCUGA